UUUAUAUUUUAUACUACUAUAAUCUUUACUAGCAUAAAGAUUGUGGUAGACUCCGGCGUUGUUUGUGUGUCAAAGUUGGAGACCGGACGCUUGAACGGUUACGUUUGCACUUUCAACGCUCUUCCUACGACUUCUUCGUUUUUACCGCUUACAGAGAAAGUUAGUAUUUCUACCCGUCCAAAAAAGCAACCCGACGCGACACAAAUAAAAUCAGACGUACGGGCUUAACAAAUUCGCCAACUUCAAUUCAGUCUGUCUUCUGCAAAUUCUCCGAUUUUCCUGCGGCGGCGACAUAUGGCGACCAUGGUGGACCAAAUAUGGUGGCGGCUUUCCGUACGGUCGGGAGGCCGCCACCGUGUCCCAUAUUUAUCGAAAUCCUUUUCUUUACCCUGGACGAGAACUGGCCGGAGUGCGGGAUCUCUCUCGUUGAAGCUGAGGCUCUGUCGUCGUGACAAAAUCAGGGGGAGCGGCGGCGGUGGCUCCACGGCGCCGGAACAGAUAGCUGUUGAUGAAGAAGCGGAGGAGGAGCUGUUUGUGAGGGCGAUGAGGGAGGCGGAGCCGUACAUUGCGGCGCACCGGGGAAGUACUUUUGUGGUUGUCCUGUCGGCGGAGAUCGUCGACAGUCAUCAUCACCUCUCCUCUUUACUCCAAGAUAUAUCUCUUCUUCAUGGAUUGGGUGUCAAAUUUGUUCUUGUGCCAGGGACGCAUGUGCAGAUUGAUAGGCUUUUGUCUCAGCGUGGAAGGGAACCAAAGUAUGUAGGUCGCUACAGAAUCACAGACCCUGAUUCCCUAGAGGCGGCAGUGGAUGCCGCUGGAAGAAUUCGAAUGCUUUUAGAGACAAAGUUGUCCCCUGGACCUUCCCUCACUGGCAUUCGCCGACACGGAGACAAUAGUCGUUGGCAUGACAGUGUCAGUGUUGCCAGUGGUAACUUCUUAGCUGCUAAGAGAAGGGGAGUUGUUGAGGGAAUUGAUUACGGAUCAACCGGUGAAGUGAAGAAGAUUGAUGUUUCUCGAAUACGCGAGAGGCUUGAUAUGGACUCCAUUGUGUUAAUCAGCAAUGUUGGUUAUUCGAGUUCUGGCCAAGUUUUAAAUUGCAACACAUAUGAAGUUGCUACAGCAUGCGCGUUGGCCCUCGGUGCAGAGAAACUUAUUUGCAUUAUGGACGGUCCGAUAUUAGAUGAAUCCGGUCGUCUUAUUCGUUUCUUAACCCUUGAGGAUGCAGACUUGCUGGUGCGUAGAAGAGCUUAUCAAAGUGAAACUGCAGCAACUUAUGUGAAAGCAGUCGGUCAUGAAGGCCUAUUGGACUAUGAACCUUCAGAUCGAUCAGUGUUUUCCCUAUAUGGGAAUGGAUCAUUCCAGAAUGGGGUUGGCUUUGACAACGGGAACGGACUUUGGUGUGGGGAAAAAGGUUUUGCUAUCGGUGGACAAGAGAGGCUAAGUCGAUUGUAUGGUUACCUUUCAGAGUUAGCCGCAGCAGCUUUUGUUUGUAGAGGAGGUGUUCAAAGAGUUCAUCUCUUAGAUGGGACCAUUGGUGGGGUUUUAUUGAAGGAAUUGUUUCAAAGGGAUGGGAUUGGUACAAUGGUGGCUAGUGAUCUUUAUCAAGGAACUCGAAUGGCAAAGGAAACAGAUAUUCCCGGGAUAGAAAAACUAUUGCAAACUUUAGAAGAGGACGGGGAAUUGAUCGCGAGGACAGAGGAGGAUCUUCGUGAGGCAUUGGGUUCCUUCAUCGUCGUGGAAAGAGAGGGUCAAAUCAUAGCUUGUGGUGCUCUCUUUCCCUUCUUGAAAGACAAAUGCGCGGAGGUUGCUUCUCUUGUUGUUUCUCCCGAUUGUCGAUGCCAAGGACAAGGAGACAAAUUGCUUGAUUACAUUGAAAGGAAGGCAUCUACCCUUGGGAUACAAAUGCUUUUUCUCUUUACAACUCGCAGUGCAGACUGGUUUAUUAGGCGCGGCUUUUCAGAAUGUUCCACUGAUAAGAUACCGGUGGAGAGAAGAAAACGAAUAAACCUCUCAAAAUAUUACAUGAAGAGGUUGCAGCCUGAUAGAAGUGGUGUUUGCUUUGGUGUAGUACGUAGCGCAUUGGCUUAAUUGAGGGAAUGACCCUUGUACUUGGUGCAUUGCUGGUUGUACAUUGAACUGGACUUGUAAAACCUUUCUGUAAUACUACGAGUCCAUACUUCGUGAUAAAUAAAUAAAAAAAAAAGUUCAUACUUUAUCUCUGGAGUGAGAAAGUUUCAGAUGUGUUGGCGUAGCCACACUGAGUUGAGUGGGAAUAAUACCCAGAAAAAUGGUUUUACUGAUUGGAAAUGAUUGAAUGGCUAUAUCAGGGGAAAAAAAUGCCAGUGACAUGUCUUAGGUUAUGAAUCAAAAAACAUUAAUUACCUUGAAAUAAUCAAUGUUUAAGGGUUAU